AUGAACCACAGCGAUCACAUGAUGCCCAUGGCGGGUCCCUCGCCCACACGGCGGAACAAGAUGAUGAUGCACAUGACGUUCUACUGGGGGAAAGACGCGCUGAUCCUCUUCUCGGGUUGGCCCGGCGCCCGAACCGAGAUGUACGUUCUGGCCCUCGUAUUCGUCUUCCUGCUGGCGUUCCUCGUGGAGUGGCUAUCCGGGUGUCGGCUGAUCCGGAAGGACGCGGGUCGGGUCGGGGCCGGGUUGAUCCAGACGGCGAUGCACGGCGUGAGGGCCGGGCUGGCGUACAUGGUGAUGCUGGCGGUGAUGUCGUUCAACGGCGGGGUGUUUCUGGCCGCAGUGGCGGGGCAUGCCGUGGGGUUCUUGGUGUUCGGGAGUAGGGUUUUCAAGAAGGACGACGACGGUGUGGGUUUGGAUGGCGGGGAUUAUCGUCAUCGGAGGGCCGGAGGUCUCCGUUCCGAUCUGCCUCCCAUCAGUUGUUGA